AGCCAGUGGAUUUAACUGUGAACAAACUCUCACAGCAACCGGACGCGUGCAGCGGACAAAAAUAAAACGGACGGAGAGAUCGAGACUCGGAAAGCGGAACAGAAGCAACAUAGAAAAAAAACGAAGGAAAACAAAACUAAACUAAAGCAAAGCAAACCAAAACUCAAAAAGUAACAGAAAAUACAAAAUAAUUGCGUUGCAUUCGCGAAUCGGUUUUGAGUGGAUUUUUUGUUGUAGUCCGUGUGUCUCUUGCGCUGUUAUUUUUUUUGUUGGUGUGGGUGUAGUGAGACGACUGCCAGAACUGUCCGUUAGAGUGCCGAAAAGAUGGACCAGGAGUUGAACGGGGCCAUGCGGAGCGUGUCUAUAAAUAGCAACGGACUGGCGGCCACACCACAUCUGAACGGGCACAGCAAAGACGAGGUGGACAAUGUGCGGCGGUCGGCGGCGGGGGGAGCAUUGAGUGCAUCUGCAUCGGCCGCCGCCAGCGCCAGCGUUAGCAAAGCGACAAAUGCAUCGACAGCCGCUGCAGCGGCCAGAGCAAUCCCAGCGGCGGCAUCGUCCGCAUCCACAGCCACAGAAGCAGCGUCGUUGUCGGGUCUAGCCGGGGCCAGUGAGGCGGAGAAAAAGAAAAUGGUGUACGAGUUAUGUCAGCAGCUUCUGCUCACAGACGAGCAGGUGCAGGAGCUGUGCUACCGCAUCCUGCACGAGAUUCGCCGCGGCCUGGCCAAGGACACGCACCCGAAGGCGAAUGUCAAGUGCUUCGUGACCUACGUGCAGGACCUGCCCAACGGGAACGAGCGCGGCAAGUUCCUAGCCCUUGACCUCGGCGGCACCAACUUCCGGGUGCUGCUGAUCCACCUGCAGGAAAACAACGACUUCCAGAUGGAGUCCCGCAUCUACGCGAUACCCCAGCACAUCAUGAUCGGCUCGGGCACGCAGCUAUUCGAUCACAUCGCCGAGUGCCUCUCCAACUUCAUGGCCGAGCACAAUGUGUAUGCGGAGCGACUGCCUCUCGGCUUCACCUUCUCGUUCCCGCUGCGCCAGUUGGGCCUCACCCGCGGCCUUCUAGAGACAUGGACCAAGGGCUUCAACUGCGCCGGCGUCGUCAACGAGGAUGUGGUGCAGCUGCUGAAGGACGCGAUUGCGCGGCGCGGCGACGUACAGAUCGACGUCUGCGCCAUCCUCAACGACACCACUGGCACCCUGAUGAGCUGCGCCUGGAAGAACCACAACUGCAAAAUCGGUCUUAUUGUCGGCACCGGUUCGAAUGCCUGCUAUGUGGAGCGGGUUGAGGAGGCGGAGAACUUCAAUUCCGAGGGCAACAGCAAGCCCCAUGUGCUCAUCAACACCGAGUGGGGGGCGUUCGGGGACAAUGGCGCCCUCGACUUUGUGCGCACCGAGUUCGAUCAGGACAUCGACAGCCACAGCAUUAAUCCCGGCAAGCAGACCUUCGAGAAGAUGAUCUCCGGCAUGUACAUGGGCGAGCUGGUGCGCCUCGUUCUUGUCAAAAUGACGCGCGCCGGCAUCCUGUUCAAGGGCCAGGACUCCGAGGUGCUAAACACGCGCGGCCUCUUCUUCACCAAGUACGUGAGCGAGAUCGAGGCGGACGAGCCUGGCACCUUCACCAACUGCCGCCUAGUGCUCGAGGAGCUGGGCCUGACCAAUGCCACCGACGGCGACUGUGCCAACGUGCGCUACAUCUGCGAGUGCGUCUCAAAGCGAGCCGCCCACCUCGUCUCUGCCGGCAUUGCAACGCUGAUAAACAAGAUGGACGAGCCCUCUGUGACGGUGGGCGUUGACGGCAGUGUUUACCGCUUCCAUCCCAAGUUCCAUAAUCUGAUGGUCGAGAAGAUCUCGCAGCUGAUCAAGCCCGGCAUCACCUUUGACCUCAUGCUCUCCGAGGAUGGCUCCGGCCGUGGAGCAGCGCUCGUAGCGGCCGUCGCCUGUCGCGAGGAUAUACUCAACAGCAAGUAGGCGAGAUACCGGAGAAAGCGAGAGAGAGAGAGAGAGAGAGCAGUGGUCUAUGCUCCGAAACUGCUGCAUCCGUCGGCAUCAUUGGCAUCCUAGACAUGUCCGGGUCGCCCCCAUAACAACUACAACAACAAGAGCAAGAGCCAGCAGCAAUUUCCGAUUUGCAAAUGAGAAAAUAGUUUCCUUCGUUGCCCGACACAGGGCGCCCUGGGGCUGGGCCUCCGGCCCGUCACUGCCGCCACGUGUCGGCACCUCCCCCAUGACCCAGGGCUGCGGUGCGCGCUUCUUUAGUAUUUUUAAUUAGGCGAAAAGAAAAGAAAAAUACGGUUUUAAACAGAAAAAAACACCGAAAAAAAAAACAUAAAAACAAAAACCAAAAUUAUCUUAUAAUGAUAAUGAAUGCUUACGAUUAUGUUCGUUCUAUCUCCUUCGCUCCAAUUGGAUCGAUUUCCGAUUUUUUUUGUUGAAAAUUUGUUAUAUCUAUUUUACAAAAGAGAAUAUACACACACCCACAUAUAUAUAUUUACAUAUAUGUGAAUAGUACAAUUUGUUAAGAGAAUUUCUUUUCGUUUUCGAGAAAAAAAAAACACAACAUUUGGUAACCCCCUCCCCACCCACACACAAACAUAGAGAAAGAGGGAGAGGGCGAUACUUACGUGUAAGAUGCUGAGAAGAGAACGAACCGUUAUACCACUGUGCUACAAGCAUAUCCUACGGCGCAAGCAGAAUGGGACGAAGAGGACAGGAUGAUGGAAAACCGAAUGAGAAACUGUAAAGUCGCACACUGUUAAAGCAAAAAGAAAAGAAAUGAAAAAAACAACAACAACCAAGAAAGAAAUAGAGGGCAGCAAACAAAAACAAAGGCGAAUUCUGCGACAUACAAAAAAUACUAAAAAAGAGAGAAGAACACCCCACCGAGGUGUCCUUCUCCUGUAAUUGUAAAUGUUUAUAUAGGACCUAUUAUGAAGCGUUAUAUGAUAAUACUUGCAUACACACACACAUAUACAUAUUUAUAUAUAUAUAUAAAUAUACAUAUAUUAUUUAGCCACUAUAUAAUUACGUUAUUUUUUUUUUUUUUAAUAUUGUCUUCGUUUAGUAAAAUUGGUUUCUAAGAUUUAAGAAGGUAAAAACUAAUCAAAAAUAUAUUAUGUUUUUUUUUCGUUCGAUCUAGAAACGCACUUUGUGAGCUAUUAUUUAUGUAAUUGUACAUUUGUGACCUAGUUUAGUGUUUAGUUUUUAUCGUAGUUUCUAAAUGUUGUCGAAAAAGUCCCGCAAUAGCCUCCCAAUUCUACCCACAUAUUAUAUGUACAUACAUACAUACUUAUGUACAUCCCCGUCCCCAGCAACCCACGGAAUCCCUUAACUAUACUUAAUUAUCGUUUGUAAACAAUAGCGGGUGGAUGCGAAAUGCAAAAGAAAGAGAAACAAAAGGCGAAUAAGCAAAAUGAAAAGCAAAUAAAAUUUGUUCCUUAUUCAUGAACUCUUUUUAAAUAAUAAUUUCUUUGUAAUUUGUUUGGUAUUCUUUUCAUUCUUUGUGUGGUAUUUUCUAGUAUUUUGUUAUAGUUUUCGUAUUUUGUAACUAGCAGUUUUGGCGGCUGCUGGCCGGCAUGCUCAGACGACAACAAAAACAAUUCGCAAUCAAAGCAAAACAAAGACACGACUUUUUUUUGUCUAUUUUUAAUAAACAAUGAAAAAUACUAUGAACAUACGUUGAUGAUAUGAUAUAAAAAAUAAAUCAGCAAAUAGAUUGUUUAUAUUUUUCAACAAGAGAUUGUAAAAAAAACGUAGCCCCUGUUAAAAAAAAAAAUUUAAAUCAAUUUAAAUUAUAGUUAUCAAAGGCGAUUACACAAAAAAUACUACGAAAAUACAUAAAACAGACACAUGCUUUGCAACAUGCUGCAAUUGUUGCUGCAAUCAAAAGGAAAGCCAGAUGAAAAGGAACAACUUAGGAAAUGAUAUUAUUAACAAAAGGAAUGUUUGUCAAAAAUGCAGAAAAGGAUUUCGAAGAGCAAGAAAAUAAAAACGAUUGAACCAACAAAAA